AUGCGCAACAAAAUACUCUUGGAAUACAGAAUUUUUUCCAAGCAUGCUGAUAUAUCCCUGGGGGGAUAUUAUUAUAAAUGGGCUCUAGAUCCCAACACUACUUAUUCACAAACGGAUCACUACUACCUAUCGCAUACGUAUAUGGUGGCGAAUAUUUUUAGCAUCUAUAGUACAUAUGAAAAAAUGGCCCUUCCAUUUCAAUUGAAAUUAUGGUAUUUAAUUGGAUCUGUGUUUGUCCUCAGCUCACUUUUAAUACUCACAUGUGGAUGUUGCAAAGGAGCCCGGGGUAGGGCACGCAACUAUAUCAUAGGCGAAGACAACAGCACACCCCAAUAUCAUCUGCUAACUUUAGCUUUUGGAGCAACUAUGCCAACGCGUCAAGUGCCACGUUAUAAUUUUGCACGCUUCCUGCUUGUCUGCUGGAUGUUGACCACUCUGGUGCUACGCAGUGCCUAUCAAUCGGGAAUGUAUCAAAUGCUACGUGACAACAUACAACGUAAUCCUCCGCAAACGAUAGCGGAUGUGCUCAAACAGAACUAUGUGAUACUGCUGAAGGGCACCCACAUGGCUUUGGCCCAAACUCUGCCGGAUAUGCGAAAUGUGCGAACAUUAAAUGGCAGCUUUUUGCAAACAUUUCCGGAAUUAUUGCAGGCAAACGAACUGACGGCCAUAGUAACGCAAUAUGAAUAUUUUGGCUAUUUUCGACAAAUUAAUGCCGCAUCCUGGCAUCGUUUGCAUUUGGUGAAUGAGCGCAUCUACACCCAACCACUGGCCAUGAAUGUUCGCACACACUCGUAUUUGGUGGAGGAAUUCAAUAGGCAAAUUCAGACGGCUAAAACCUUUGGCUUUGACACACUAUGGGCUCGCGAAUCCUUUGGAAACCAAGCGAUGAAAAAUAAUGCCGACUAUGAUCCCAAGAUGUUGGCCACUAAGAAUAUGUCCAUGAAGGAGUUGGGAGCUGUUUUCAUGAUUUUGAUCUGGUUGCAUGUGAUGGCCAUGGUCAUUUUCAUAAUCGAACUGAUAUGGCACAAAUGGGGAGCAGCUGUGCUAAGAAAUUACCACAAAACACUAUCCAAAUGA